GCCAUGGAGGAGAAGGUUGAUGAAGAAGGAUUUUGUGUUGUUUCCAGAAAGAAAGGAAGGAAGAGAAGAGGACCCUCUUCCAGUGCUAAUAAAGGAGAUCACUGUAAUCUUUCUGUUCUCCCCAUGACGAGUGAUAUUGAUGCACCGUCACUGAUCGUUAAAAUCAAACAGUGUGUGAAUGACCUUCAGAUCAGCAGAUUUUUCAGUGAAUUCAAAGAAACAUGGCAAUUUGCACAACAUCGAAUCUCAAACAGAUUACCCCAGAAUGACAUCUCAUCUGAACACUGCAUUCCUGAAGGCCUCGUCAAAGACACCAACACAGAGGGAAGAGGUCAAAGUUCACAAAACAAUGUGCAUUCCACUCAGGAAAGCAAUACAAAGGUAUCAUUAAAACAGACGGACCCCAAAGAAAAAGAUGAUAAGAUCUUUGCAAGAACUGAAGAUGAAGAGGGGAGGAGGAGGCAAGCAUCUGCAAGAACACAAAAUUCAUCUCCGUAUCAUGUGACAGAUUCGACGAUGGCCAAAACUAAAAUUACACAGUCAGACAAACGGUUAGAGGAUACUGCUCACGAACAAGGAGAGAGUUUGAAUUCGACAGGAGUUGAAAAGCUGGGAUUUUUAGAGAACGAUUUAGGAGAGAUUUUGACUGAAUCCAGGAUUAUGAAGGACAGGAGAGUGAAGCAGAUUGUGUGCUAUGGUCUCGGUAAUUUCUCAUCAUGUGUGACGGCCAGAUUUCAGCUUGCGUUGCUGAUUCUACUGAAUUCAUUGGUAUCUCCAAAGAGGUGUUAUUUAUAUGACCCUAACUUCUCUGAUGUUGAAAAGCAAGUCCUUGAGAAACUGGGAUAUUCACUCAUCGACAAAAAUGAGGAAGGGAAACGUCAGGUGACAGAACCAACUCUGUUCUUCAUGCCUCACUGUGGGAAGCCUCUCUACAACAACCUCCUGUGGGCCAACUGGGGUCAAAGGUUAUCAAAUCUUAUCAUCCUCGGCAACAGUUUCAAUAACUUCUCAGAGAGGUUUACAGCUAGGCAGUUGAAAGAGGAGGUUCCCUACAUCCAGAAGAUUAUUCCAUACCACCAUGAGGUUUCAGUAAAGAACAGCUUCCAGUACACAGACAUCUUCAAUGACAUUGCCUUCCAGGUCUUUCCCGUUGAUCUCUUACAAACAGCGCCCUCAACUCUAUGGAAAGACAAAGGCGAGCCCAGUUACGAACACAUGAGCAGCGUUGAGAUAAUCACAACAUCAAGCACUAGUUGAGCAGCAGUCAGGCAGUUGAUUAUGAACUACAUGUAAUGGACUUCAAAUAUUCAGUAUAUCAAUGUUAUUCAGUACCUCAAACAUCCUUUUAACUUCAAACCAUUAGUUUCUUUACUGUUUCGAAUUUACUAUCAUCCUGUAAUGUUUUAUUUGUGUGUAUAGGAUGAUUAAUGAUUUGGAAUUGGAUUGGAAUAGAGGUAAUGUCCAUAAAUAAAAUGUUAUUUUUAACUAUUCUGA